CUGCAGCUGAGUCAACAAAAAAGUAAAUUAUUUGUUAUUAUAAAAAAAAAAAUCAACAAAUUAAUACAUAUGAAAUUAUAUUUUAAAGAUAAGCCUUGAGCUAAUAAUAAUAUGUAACUCUUUAAUUGUGCAUUGUUAAAAAUGAAUUCGGAUUCUUGGGUGUCUUGGGUACGAAUGUUUGAUAUUCCAGAAAUAAGCAAACAUAAAGAUGGUUUUACAAUUUACAGAGUUGUUUCCUUUUUGUAUCCUGAAUCAUGUCCAGAUGCAGUAACAAAACUGAUCGUAUGGAAACGGUUCAAUGAUUUCAAAACUUUGCACAAGGAAAUAAAACUAAUACACAAAAAUCUAAAGUUGAUUGAUAAUGUUCCCAAUUUACCAAAAUCAAGUUUAUUUAAAAGAUUUGAUGAAGAAAUUAUAAACCAAAGAAAACGAAGCAUUUUAAAUCUUUUAGAAUAUAUAGGAUCUCAUUCGCAGUUGUUUACAGCACCUGUUUUUGUUAAAUUUUUCGAGACAAGCCACACUCCAGCUGAACUACUUAGUAGCAAUAUAAACGCAAUUAGAGCUAAUUUAAAUUUACCAGAAGAUACAACAGAUCUUUAUAAUAACUCUGAAGAUGAUAGAACCAUUAGUGAUACAGAUUCUUUGACUAGUAGUAAUUUGGGAUCUACAUCCCAGCAGGCACUUGAUCAUAUGUCGGAUUCCAUAUCCAAAACCAACUUGAGAAAACUACACUCCAUGACAUCAAUCGAUUCGCAAUGUUCUUCAAGCAUUUCGAAUAUCGACAGCAGUUUGUUGUUAUUCGAAGGACAACAAUUGUUGCCAGUUGCUCAGUAUUUGACGAACGCUUCUCUACACAUUAAUAUGGCAAUAGAUUUGGAAAAUGACAAACAGUAUGAAGAAGCUUUUUCGGCUUAUUCGACUGCAGUAGAAAUAUUGAUAAGUGGUGGCAAAGAUGACUCCGAUUAUGACAGAAAACAAAUGGUAAAAUAUAAGACUGAAAAAUACCUGAUAAGAGCAGAAAAAAUAUAUAAUAUGUAUUUAGCGCCAGAAAUUAGAGAUUUAAAUUUACAAAAGAAAGAACAAAUUGACGAACCAAAAAUUGUUAAGGGACCACUCUACAAUCUAUACAAAUAUAAAGUGAUUAAAAUAAUUUCGCCAUCUGGCAUGUUGGUUUUGCAUUCAGAAAGACAACAGCUCUACUAUAUUAAAGUCAUACACAAAACAGUACAAUUCUUAAAUAACCAUCUUAUAUUACCUGAAAAUGUGCCUUAUAUGGUGAAGUUAAUCAAUCAUUACAAUUCUGACAAUGCCUUGUUUCUUGUUUUAGAUUAUUGUAGUGGUACCAAAUUACAAGAUAUUUUACGAAGUAAAUCAGCCAAUGUAGCACCUAAAGAGGAACAACAACUUCUCAGAAAAAUCCAUGACCAAUCAGAUAACGAUUCUGAAUUGAGUUUUUCCGAAUUGCUUAAUGAUUACGCUUCAAACAGGUCGACGAAAAAAAAUGACACAGAUAGUGACGAUGGUUUUGAAAAAAUUGACCAUUCUGAUCUUCGGCCAGUCAAAAAUAUUCUCGAUCGGCCUUUGGAGGAUAUUAAAACUCAAGAUUUGCUGAGCUUAAGCGAAGAAGCUGCUUCUUCAGUAAAACAUUCCAAUAGUCGAACUUUAAGUGAAGUUUCCAGUUUUGAAUCAGCCGAUGAAUUUGAUUGUAGAAGUAGCGUGACAGAAGAACAAAUUGUCAAGUGGUCUUCUCAAUUGUUGGUAGCUCUGGAAAAACUCCAUUGCUUAGGAGUUGUCUGUACAGAUUUGCGAAUCGAGAAUUUAUUAAUUGACGAAAAUGAUAAUUUAGCUUUGACUUAUAUGUGCAACAUUAAAGAUUUAUGUGAUCUAUAUGCAAAAGGGGUUAAUUUGGAUUUGGCUCCUGAAGUUUAUAGCUUUGAAGAAAUAACUGAGGCUGUUGAUUGGUGGAGCUUUGGUGCAAUUUUAUAUGAAUUGCUAGUAGGAAUGCCUUUAAGUAAAGUUCAUCCAAGUGGUAUAACAAGCUAUACGCACUUGAUAAUACCAAAAUACGUGUCUAUAGAAGGAAAGUCUUUACUAAAACAGUUAUUAAUUUACGAACCUCAAGAACGACUAGGAUCCAAGUCCAAUGGCGUUCAGCACCUAAAGUCGCACCCAUUCUUUCGUAGGAUUUGUUGGAACAUAGUGGAAAUGGGUUCCAGUUGACCAACAAAAUAAUUUUUUGGUGCAUAUUUGUAUUGUGAUAUUACUUAUUCCCAUUAUUGAGUACUUACUGGAGUACCUAACACUGAAUUUCUCAUUUGUAUUGUUUUGUUAGAAUUUAUGUACACAGAUGAAAGAUAUAAUAUAAUGAUAUAAUGUUCGA